CAUUGCUUUUGGAAGAUAGUCCAUUCACCUUGAGUUGGUCUUUGCAGUGCUGCACAUCCUCUUGAGAGCAUCUUGUUGGGGGAUGGAAACCGCUGGUCCGGAUUGAUCUCCCCGCCAUCCCCUUCGUGAACACCUGUCCGACUGCACAUCAAUCCUGCAAUUCCGACACCAGAAGCUUUAAAACUUGUGCAGCUCUGAUCCUACCAGUCUGAGGACUGAGCCGUCAGAACCUCUCAGCGUCUCUCCUCGGCGACUUCGACAGCGUCCUGCCCGUAUCUCAACAACUUCGACCCUAACGACAGAGCUUGGUGAUUCAAAUGGGGUAGUCCAGGUCAAAGAGGAGAUGAUGGGGGACGAGGGACUCUUGAUCAAACGGGAGCAUGAGGCGGACACCUCGACUUACCGGCCUGAGGAGAACAAACGAAGGAGGAAAAGCAACGUCCGAAUGCAGGAGGAAGUGAUUAAACAGGACAUCCAGCUGGACGAAAGCAGCGGCGGAGCUGGAAAAUCAGGGGGACUGACUGAGUGUAAUGGCAGAGCCAAAGACACCCUUGCCGAGCUGCUAUCUUGGAGAGAAGAAAUACACGCGGAUCAAGUCGAGAGCGUAGACCAGCCAGUCAAGUCCAAAGGCAAACGUGCUGCCAAAGCAGCAGAGGCCAAUGUUGAGAAACGGGACAAGAGAUUCAGAAUCAAAGCACCGCAGGCUACGCUACAACGAGCCGAGCGAGUCAAAGCUCAGCGGAUGUUCAUGCUUGAUCGACAGAAAUUGGAUGAUCUGCAGGAGAAAUUCCAAGUUCUUGGUUCAACGGGCAAUGUCUAUACGGUCAUGAUCGAGGCCCAGCCAUCUUGCGACUGCCCAGACUUUCAAAAGGGUAAUGCACCUUGCAAACACGUCAUCUUCGUUUUUUUGAAAGUCUUGAAGGUCCCGGAAGACUCCUCCUUAUGGUUCCAACGAUCCCUGCUGACUGGCGAGUUGCGAACCAUCUUCUCCGCGGCACCGUUGUCUCCUACAGACACAGUGUCUGUCUCUCUAACCGUGCGAAACGCCUAUUUGAAGGCUACGGGUCUUCCAGGAGCCGCAGGCGGCCAGGACAUCGCAGAUGGCGAAGAUUCGGAAGUCGACUCAGCUCCUAUCCGGAAGAUCAUCUCUGUAGGAGAGGACUGCCCUGUGUGUUAUGAGGAAAUGACCGAGGAGGAUGACCGGAAGAAGCGCUUGGUCUAUGAUGAUGCUCCGCAGGGCUGCGGCAAGGCUCUGCACAAAAUCUGCUUCAAUACUUGGGCGAACACCCGACGGGACCGCGGCGGCGUUACAUGUGUCUGGUGUCGAGGCGUUUGGCCAAGUGCAGCUGGUACUCAGAUCACAUCGGGGUCGGUCGGGGUGCAGGUCACGGCCAGUGGAUACCUCAACAUGGCUGAUAUCGCUGGGAUCAGUCGAAUCCGGGAUACCAGUACCUAUCAUUUCCCUUGGCGAAGAACAUACCAUGAGGAUCGGUAAUGCAAUACCGAUCCUUUGGACGAGACGACCGUGCCAUAACCUGGUGGUCCUUCCCUUGUUCGCAACUGCUCUGCUUUCGCUUCUGUAUCAUAUAAUCUUAAGCUCUGGACUGUACAUAUAUUUUGGAGCAUAUUCUGAUCACAUGCCAUGUAUCUACUCCAGGA